ACUUUUAGGUCGAUCGCAAAGUAACACGUCACAAACCGACGCGGGUAAUUGGUACUUGCCAAUUUCGACGCACAGCACAAGAUGGCUCGCAACGAGGAGAAGGCGCAGUCGCUGCUGAACCGAUGGACGUCCAUGAAGCAGGACUUCGCGGACACCUUCAAGAAGUGAGCGGCGCUGGCUUUGCAUGCAUCUAUCGUGUCUUUAACGUUAUUGCUGUUUGCUGCAGUCGGCGGCCGUAUCUCGCCUCGCAGUGUGACAACCUGAAGGAAGCUGAGCGCUGGAGACGGCAGAUUAUCCGCGAGAUCUCCAAGAAGGUGGCGGACAUCCAGAAUGGUGCGUGCUGCAGUCUCUAUCUAUUGCUAUCGAGCUUCAUGUUGACUUGGUUGCUGCUGCCAGCCGGCUCCAGCGAGCAUGUGAUCCGAGACCUGAACGACGAGAUCAACAAGCGCAUCCGCGAGAAGCGCCACUGGGAGCGGAGGAUCGUACAAUUGGGUGGGCCGGACUACAGCAAGUCACAGCCACAGGCCUACGAUGCAGACGGCACCCCAGUGAGUUCGGUUGGAGGUUACAAGUACUUUGGUGCAGCCAAGAACCUCCCAGGUGUGCGCGAGCUCUUCCAGACGGAGGAGAUCGAGCCUCGUAAACGCACUCGACAGGAUAUGUACAAGCACAUCGAACCAGACUACUACGGAUUCCGCGACGACGAGGACGAGCAGCAGCUGAAGGACGAGGAAGAAGCGGAGAAUAGACUACGGCAGCGAGCUAUUGACGGCUGGAACACCGCUGAGGCCAAGCGCAAAGCCCAGGUCGCAGAGCUGCAAAAAGGAAUACCCACGGCAUGAACAGAUAGAUAAGGUCACGAAUAGGUCAUGCCAGUCGAAUGGUAGUCUGCUAGUGGAAGGCUAUUGCUGCUGCAGGCACCAGAGUCGUCUUCGAUGUUAGACCAACUCAAUAAUGACAAGCGUUGCUUCCGCGGGGAAGAUUGUUGAUUU